GUUUGAAGGUCACGAGAGGAAAGGUUAAAGGGAAGAUUUCAUGUGUUGCUCUUACGGCUGCAGUAGAUAUUUUUGUUAUUGGAAAUGGGAAGUCGCAUGUGUCCCUGUCACUGUAUUCCGGAUGUUACUUUGUAACGUGUGGGCUUAAAUGUAGUCUGUAAAUGCAAAAAGGAUAGCUGAUUCGUUAGCACAACUUGUUGCUGCUCUUAGUGUAUUAUUUUUGCAGACUGCUACUGCAUUUUCGUUGAAUGUUUGCUCAUUGAAGGUGUAGUACCAAGUAAGUUGACACAGAACUGAAAAUGCGUCUCACUGUGCUCCUUGCUAUGGCUGCUAAAGUCAAGUUGCCACCAGACUACCGAUAUGGCACCAAUCGGCCAUGGACUGUGGCAGCACAAAGAAAGAAUCCCCCAGGGACGAAGCGGAAUAAAGUGUUUGUUGAACCAAUGGAGAAGGAUGAUUGGAAAGUUUUCAAGGGCGAUGUGGUUCAAGUUCUUGCUGGGAAGGACUCUGGAAAGCAAGGCAAAAUCAUCCAAGUUAUCCGACCUCGCAACUGGGUUAUCGUGGAAGGUCUUAACACACAUUACCGCUACAUUGGCAAGUCUGGUGAUUAUCGUGGAACUUAUGUACCAAGUGAAGCACCUCUGCUAGUGAGGCAGGUCUCCCUGGUGGAUCCCAGUGACAGAAAGCCUACUGACGUGGAGUGGCGAUACACUGAAGAAGGUGAAAAAGUAAGGGUGUCUGUACGGACUGGGCGAAUUGUCCCUAAACCUGUACCUCAGAGAUGCGAUGGAAUUAUUCCUGAGCAGUGGAUAGAUGGUCCCAAGGACACUUCUGUUGAUGAUGCAGUGGAAAAGACAUACACCCCAGUACUGAAACCUUUUGAGGAAGAUGUAAUAGAGAAGAUGGGCAUUGUGGAAACCAGGAGACCAAGGAAAUCUUACUGGUAUUAAUUUGCAGAUGUAAACAUGCAGGAAAGUGUAAACCACUUCAGAAAGAUGCUUCAUCACUACAAGGGCUGUUGACGUACGGAGGAGGAUGAAACAAAGUAAAACUGCUUUGUACUGCCAAGGAAAGCUUGGAACACUUUGUCAAACGUAGUGCCUGGGUUUUAUCUAUCUGACUGUAAUGUUUGAAUCUGGUUCUUCCCUAAGAAUAAAACUAAUAUUUUGCUAAUA